AUGACCACUCAUUCCUUGGGAAGUAAUGGAAGCUAUGCUGUUGAGGUUGAUGAUCACACACCGAAUAUAUCGGCCUCAAUAGGGUUGGCCGGUAUGCCAAGAGGAUCAGCCUCAGUACUUUCAGCAGAUAAUCAAACUUCACUCACAGCUGGAGCAGCAGCUUCACUGUUAAACGACGGCGCCUCUAUGUGGAAUUCAUUCGAGGAGAGUGCCACUAACUUUAUGUUAAAUAUUUACGAGAAGACAAAAAUUCACCAAACAAAUUGGUAUAACUUUACCUAUAACCUAGUAUUGUACAUUUAUCUCCUUUGGACAAUGAUGUUUCUUCCCGGAUUGGCAGACGAAGAAUAUAAUUGGGGAGAAUAUUCGCAUUGGAUCUUUAAGGCAGCAAAUUAUCCAGUUUCUCUAUCCCUAAACUUGGUUUCGUAUGAAGUCAUUAUUGUGAUAUUUUGCUGUUUUGUCCUUCUAAUAUGUGUCUACUUUAUUCUGUUUUUUGUUGGCUAUAGGGCAAGCUUACUAGCAAACAAGCACUGGAAAAAGAUCAAGCUUGCCAUAAGAAUCAUUCAUGGAUUUCUCACACUUACUUCCUUAAUUUAUACCUAUGUGUUUGGUGCCUUUAUAGAUUGCAAUUAUGGAACCUCUGUAAAUUUAGAUGGUUAUGAUAGACCUGUUGAAGUAUUGAGGAGGCACCCAACCAUUGCCUGCAGUGGUGCAGUUAAUUCAACUCUCAUUUCUGUCGGUUCUAUAUUCUUCAUGUUACUACUUGUUAUUCAGUUGAUCUCUGUUUUAACAAUGUCGGAGGAUAAUCCGAGUGGCAAGAAUGCCUUUGCAACAGACAAGGUCUACUACUUGUUUCCAUUCAUUGCAACACAAUGCAUUUACAUUAUACUAGUUUGUGCAAUACCUCCAACCUAUAACUAUGUCAAGCCGGUUAUUUACCUUGCCUUAUGUAUUCUACAUGUGCCCUACCAUUUGUGGUUGUUACCUUAUUUUAAAAGAGUGGAGAAUACUCUCUUCUUUGGCUUUGUUGGUGCCAGAUUGGGAGGAGCUGUUGGUUUUCUGGUCUCUAGCUUGGUCUCUACUGAUGAUUCAAAUUGGACUCUUGGUUUGGGCAUGAUGGGUCUCACGAUUGGCCUUAUGCUUGUAUGCUUUGUAGUUUUUGUUGUUGCAGCAGAGAUUUAUAUUGGUAUUCUAUACAGUUCUAUCAGAAGAGGUGUUAUUCAAACUAUUAAGGUUUCGGUUGAUUUUAGUCAAGCCCAAACAGUCAGAUCCUCCAUCGAAAGAGAAGCAUCUGGUCUCUAUCAAAAAUUUGAAAAGGAUGGUAAACUGAGAGCCUUCAACCUCUUCUUGAAAUUCUCAAUGAGAUCAGGUAGAAAGGCUUUUGGAGAUUUUCAACUUUCUGAUGUUGAAAUUGCUCUUGCUUUGAUUAAGGGUGUUUCAUCUCAAAAGUGUGCCAAUAAUGUUGAUAUUCUGAUUACCUCAGCGUUGGUUGUAGCUUACUUUUUACCAAACUUCACCAGUGUCAUACUGGCAGGUGGUAUUGUCAGAAAGGUUGCCAAGCUCAAGUCCAAUCCAUUGAAAAAGUACAUUAUUACCCAAAGAACAAAGGAAAUUGAAUUCCUCAGUGGAGAAGACUUGUCUGGUAAGAACAUUAUGGAAAUUAAGAAUAUUAUUGGAAGACUGGAAAAGAAGCAAGAAUUGGUUCUCCUUCUUCACAAAUCAUUCUGGAAGGAAAUGAUCAAUGAAUCUUUAGAAAUUACCAAGAUUGAAACAAUCAACAGAAAGAUUGCUGAAUUGGUGCACUCUUGUCAAAGCUCUUAUGAUAUUCUCAUAUCCAAUUACAACAAUGAAAAGUCAGUGAUUAGAUCAUAUGCCAGAUUUGUUGAAGACUACAAGUUUGAUCCAGAAAAAGCUCAAGAAAUGUACCACGAAGCAAACAUUAUUGAAGAGGAAGAAGCUGUCAAUAGAAGACAUCAAUUAUCAAAAACCUUAAAGAACAAGUAUACAUCCAAUCGUGUAGUGCCACUUCCAAAUCAAUUCUCUGUAGCCUCUAAUAUUAGGGGAGGUGGUGGUGGUUUUGAAAGUGAAGAUGAAGAUAAGGGAUACUUUGAAAAGAUCGACAUGAACAAGCAAGGCCACUCUUCUGACUCUAGAUUAGAUGACAUGGACUUUGAAAAUGAAAAGUUUGAAGGUGUAGAGGAAAACGCAGCCACAGCACAACAAAAGAAGGAAUUUCUCUUUAGAACUGCACUUUCAUCUUCCAUGUAUAAUAAGCCUCAAUUUAUUACCUUUGUUGUUUUUGCUUCAGUUUCAUUGAUCAUACUAACAAUUGGUCUUAUCCUUGGAUUGGUGUUCUCUACUGGUGUAACAUCUGAUAUUGCUCUUUCAAAUGAUGUGUGUAUUCCUGCUUCUGUUCCUCUCUCAGUUCUUAUGUACAUUAGAAAAAAGCAAUUGCACGAUAAUAUUAAGGAAUACUCAAUGUCAUGGAAUACAGAAAACACAGCCAGAGUAGAUAAGCAAUGUAACAAGCUCUCAAAUCUGUAUUCUAUUGGUAUGAAUACUUUCUCUGAAUCAGUCCGAUCUGACUAUACUAGAGGCACCAGAUUACUCAAACAACCUGUGUUGAUUUAUUCCUCAACAAAUACUUCAGAAUACACUGGUUACUCUACAUCCAGAAAUUCGACUAUUGCAGAAAUUACAAAAGCAUUGGUAAAAAUGUGUAGUGCCUAUGAUAACUACUCAGAGGAAAGAUAUAAGCAAACAGUAUCUGAUUACAAUUUUAUGUUCCUUUAUCAAAACAGAAUAAGUUUUUCCUCAUCUUAUGAAAGCUUUUGCUCUGAAUAUCUGGACAGAAAUGGAGAAAAAUCCUCAACAUACAGAACUAUCUUUUUAAUCUAUUACAUUUCCACAACAGCUUUAUAUAUUCUUAGUGCCUUCUCAGUGAUUGCAUUCACUAGAUACCACCUUACCUCACUGAAUGAUUCUAUCAAGUUGAUAGGAAGUUCAAUUUCAAAAGAUAAGGUUGGUAAAAUCUAUCACAAGUUGGAAGGUAAAGUUGAGGAAGAUCUACAAAUAGGUUCAGAUGGAUUCUUUUCCAUGUUUGUUAAACCAAAUAACUCUAUUUCUAUAAUGGUUAUUUUUAUGAUUUGUAUUACAGCCAUUUGCGUCACCUUGUUCUUUAUUGAAACGAUCAUUAAUUCAAACAAUUCCUCCAUGGCCAUUCAAAAUAUUCAAUUCAGUGUAAAUAUUAUGAUGACUGCCCACAGAGUUGGUCUCAGAUUGGGAGAACUUUUCAUUUUCAAAUCUAAAUUCCCUUCGACUCCUAUGAAUGAUAGGCAUUUAACUACAGAUGAUGAAUUAGCACAAUUCCACAAAGACAAUAAGAACCUAGCAAGCUUGAUGCAGAGCUCGUGGUACUCUUUACUUUUUGGUACAUCAGAUAAUGAUAACGAUAAGUUAUUUGGAAAAUAUCCAGAUAUUGAUCAACUUAUUCAAGGAACCUGCAAGAGUACAUCAAACACAACAUCCAAUAGUACAACGUGUGUUGGUUUGGAUGAUUUGGUUUCAUAUUUGACAAGUUCUUCAGCCCUCUUUAAUGAGGAUGUCUUCUAUGCCAGUUCUACCUUUAACCAAUCAGAUUUAUUCACACGUAUGGAAUCCAUCUAUUCUGAUGUAGAUUUACUUGCCCAAAAGCUCGAAAGUUUGAUUCAAAUUUAUUCCAAGUACAAUUCUGUUCCUUCAAUCACUAUCACAAUUGUUUUUGGAAUAUUGGGAUAUGCUUCAUUGGUAACCGCUAUUUGGUUCACUUCAAGAUCUAUGACAUCUUUCUGGAGAGAAUAUCAACAAUUAAGAAUGAUGUUGAGCUACUUUACACCUGAAGUAUUGGAAGAGAAUGAACAACUCAAGAACUUUGUUCUCUUCAAGUCAUUGCCAGGUAGAUUAUCUGAACUAUUCAAGAGUAAGAAAUCAUCAGGUGACACCUCCAACAAUGAAGACUCACAUGUUAAAAGUAUUCUUGAAGCUGCUGUAGAUGGAGCUGUAUUGUGUAAUUCUCAAUGUGAAGUUACCAUUUUCAAUCCUUCUGCUGAAAGAUCAUUUGGUUUCAAGAAGAGUGAUAUUAUGGGUUUACCUAUAUACACACUCUUUGAUGAAUCAAGCCACACCAAGAUGAGAAAGAUCAUAUCUGGUAUGUUAGCAAAGAGUGGUAAUGAUGGUGAGUCUAUUGAGGUUGAAUGUGUUCGUAAGAAUCAAACAAAAUUCCCAGCCAAGAUUAAUAUCUUUUCAAGUAAGAUUGGUUCUGACACUGUAAUUGUCUCCUUUAUUAAGGAUAUUACUCCUGAAAAGAAGCAAAAUAUGCUGUUGGAAGAAGAAAAGAAGAAAUCAGAUUCACUCUUGUUGAACAUUUUACCAGAAGCUGUAGGUGUUCGUCUUAAGAGUGGUGAAACUUUUAUUGCCGAAAAGUUCAAUGAUGUCACUUGUUUCUUCAGUGAUAUGGUUGGUUUUACAAGUAUUUCAUCCAAUAUGAGUCCAACUGAUCUAGUUAAAAUGUUAAAUACUAUUGUCAAUGGAUUCGACUCACUUACAGACACUUUCCAUUUGGAAAAGAUUAAGACAAUUGGUGAUGCCUAUUUUUGUGUAGGUGGUAUUCACGGUUCUGCAACUUCGGAUCACCCUGAAAGAGUUCUUCGUUUUGCCAUGGCCACAUUCGCUGUAGUUCAUGACUACAACCUUGAAAAUUUGGCCAAUAAGGAAAAUUCAAAUCCAAGUCUCCUUAAUAUACGCAUAGGAAUUAAUACUGGUAGUGUUGUCGGUGGUGUUAUUGGUACAAAGAAGUUUGCCUAUGAUAUGUGGGGUGAUACUAUCAAUGUUGCAAGUAGAAUGGAAUCCACAUCCUUGCCAGGAAGAAUUCAAGUUUCCAGAUCUACCUAUGAAAGAGUAUAUGAUAUGGGUUAUGAAUUUGAGGAACGUAGAAUUGAAGUUAAGGGUAAAGGAAGCACUCAAACCUACAUGCUCAACAAUAUGUAUCACAAGAAUCCAUUGGAUGCAAAUGGUUUCUCUAAUGUUAAUAAUGUUGUUGUUACUGCUUCUGCUGCUGUUUCAUUACCACCACAACCUUCCCAAGGCAAUAACAGUACAAACAAUCUUAACAAUAAUAGCAUGGCCUACAAUAACCAAACAAGUAAUAAUGGAAGUGGAGAUCAUUUGGAAGAAUCAGAUGAUGAUGACGAUUUGAGAAGAUCAUCCAAUAAUGUAGUUGUUCUUGGCCGCAAUAGGAAUCCACCAAGUCAUACAAGCCACACAAGUAGUGUAGAUGAUAUCUUGAUGGAAUAA